AUGCUACAACCCCCCUCAGGAUGGCACCAACCGCACAACCGACAUCUCCUUCGAACCAUUUCAACCAGAACAUUCCGCACAGCAUGCAUCGAGGCUCAUAUCUUCAGCAUCGCCAGGUCCAACUGGAAUUUCUUCUGGUCUCUGUCCCUGAACCUUGUCCACCGUAAUGUCAUCUAUCGCUUCCUCACCCACACCAUCCCGACCAAACGCCUGCUACACUACUUUGAGAUAGCCGAGUCACCUCUCUGCCCAAUCUGUGGUAACGAAGAAAAUGCUGUACACUUGCUUUUCCUCUGUUCCAGUAAGGCAUCCAUCUGGAAAGCUAUCAUCUUUGAAUUUUUGUGGCCAACCGUUUCGAUUGGUGAUAUUAUCCAAGCCUGUUCCUCGCUUGACUUUGAAAACAUCAAGUAUGUCUCCAAAUCAUACACCACUGCUCACAUGGUCGUACUGGUAACACUUGGCAACAUUUGGCGAGCUCAAGUUCGUAUGAUCUUUCACUCGACUCCAUUUAUAUGGAUCGAUGUGGUCCAGCAGAUCAAGAACGAGCUCCUUCAACUACAUGCCCAAACUGAAAUUCACAAGCAAUUGUAA